GCAAGCAGACUGUGUUUGACAGGCAUCGGUUGGUGGCAGCAUCCGGUUGGGACGCAUGAACGUCUUCGCCCUCAAGUGAGUUAAGGGUGGUGUUGUGUUUGUGUUGGUAAAGGGUAGUUAGUAGCCACCCGGGAAGUAGCAAAGGAGUACUUCAGGCCAACAUGCAAACUCAUUGCCCGUUUCUUCUUAUUCAAUUUGGAUGUCGCCGUGCCACCCUGAAUGUGUUCUACGGUCUUGCUUAAUUGAUAUGGGGUGGAGAGAAGAAAGGAAUCGGCGGCAAUGGCUGAUGACCUCCCCAGCACUCACAUCGCGUCAUCCCGAUCGAAAGCCACCUGUUAGACUGUCAGAUGUUGCCCUGAACAAUCAUGUCAAAAGUCAAGCCGCCUGAGCAGGACUGAGCUUGUGACUCGCGCCGCCCACCCAGCCAGUCAAACCUUAAGGUACGAUGGCAUCACGGCGUGGUCCUGUCCAGAGGUCACCCACCUUCUUCGUCGGCGCAGAGAAGCAAAAGAAGGAUUUGGAUGCCUUUCAACGCAGGGAGCAGCAACUUGCAGAGGUCUACUACAAGAACAAGCCUCUUUGCUUCAAUGCGUGCACAUACCAGAGGACUCAUCCGGUCAAGGCCAAUGCUGGACACCGUGAUGCGGAUGCCACGCUGGUCUCUCCUAUGGCGGUGGGUGUGGCUGACGGAGUAUCUCAGAUCGAGGAAUAUGGCAUUGACUCGUCAGAGCUGCCUACAGAAUUGCUACGGCAAUGCGAGGAGUUGGCUUUCGAUCAGUGCAUCGGCUCCACGACCUUGGUUCUAGCGUUACUUGACAAUUCCACCCGCAUCCAUGGCAAGCUGCACCCGAUGAUUGCUGUGAUCUCAAUUGGAGAUUGUGAGCUGGUGAUUUUGCGUCGGUUGCAGGGCCGGUCUGGGCCUUUGGAAUUGGUUUUCCACACUGAGAUGCAGCGGGUGGAUGGUCAUUGUCAGACACCCUUGCAGCUUGCUCGCGUGGAUGAACGCAUUGACGCGCAGUUCCAUGACAGCAUCACCGUCGAAGUGAUUGAGCGUGGUAGCGCUGUUCACUGCAUUUCCGCGUAUGCAGCGCGGCAUAGUGUGGCAGUAAAGUUUGAAUCACUUGGUUGA